AAUUCACAGUAAUAAAUCAACGAUUUAAUUUCAAAUCUUUUUUUUUCUCGUAAAAUAACGAAAUUACAAAAAAAAAUUUAAUUACCGACAUUAAUCAUGGCAACAUUGACAAAUUAUUCAACAUUUAUUUUAUUUUUCAUUACAUUAUUUAUCAUUCAGAUUGAAUUGAUACAAAUGUAUCCAACAACAACUGGUAGUAUGGGUAUGGGUAAUGUUAAUGAUGGUUAUUAUUAUGAUGGAAAUAAUAAUUAUUAUCCAUCAUCAUUAUAUCCAACAUCACAAUCAAUGAUGAAUCAACAAGAUUAUUAUCAACUACAACAACAACAACAAUAUCCGAUUAUGACAAAUACAAGACGUCGUCCACAUAUACGUUCAGAUGUACGUAAAAUAUUGGUUGAAAAAUUAUCCACCGAUGCUGAUCAUCACAAUGAUGAUAAUCAUCAUCAACGUUCAUCAUCAAAACAACAACAACAUCAUUUAUGUAAUGCAACAAUAAUAUCAUCACGUCGUUUAUUAAUACCGAAUGAAUGUUCACCAAAUGGUUAUAAUCGUAUGGAAACAAUUCAAUUAUAUAAUCCUGAUCAAAAUCAAAAUAAUGAUACAAAAAUCAUACAACGACAAGGUCGUACUAUUGUUCGUUUACAACGAUCAAAAUCAAGUCUUGUUGAAUUGAAUGAAACAAUUCCCGGUACUACAGAUAAUGAUGAUAAUAAUGUUAAUGGCCAAUUUCGACAAGAAAAUUUUCAAUCACCACCAUCAUUGAAUGAAGAACCAAUUUAUAAUGAUGAUAAUUAUGAUGAUUUAGAUGGUCGACAAUAUUUACCAAUCUUUCCGCCAAUGCCACCACCACCGAUGCCACAACCAAUGCCACCAAUAAUACCUGGUUAUAUUUAUGAAUAUGAAUAUUUUGAAUAUCAAUUUUGUCGACCAUUACAUAUUGAGAUAAGUAUUUGUGAAUUAUGUAUAUGGAUACCGAAUGUAUGUCCAAUCAUGUUCUGAAAUGAAAAAAAACAUCGAUUUUUCA